AUGGCUGAUAAAGCAAGCGGUGAAAAAGCAGGAGAAAAAAGUUUCUUUGCAAGAACAGCGAAGAACACGACGAAGAGAGCUAAACGAGCGCAAGAAAAGGUAAUAUAGGCCCUAGGGAGGUCUAUAUAAACUACAUUUUAAUGCGUUACGGUGGCGAAAGAUCUCAUAUAAAGGUGUUGACAUCGAUCGAAUGUUUACGUUUGUAAAUAUGUUGACUCUUGUAAUUAUUAGGUGAAACGAAAACUUGGAAAGUCAGACGAGACUAAAGAUGAAAUUUUUGACCGUUUUGUCGAGAACUUUAACAAACAACAG